AUGAUGGAGCCCCCUUUGAGCAAGAGGAACCCUCCAGCGCUGAGAUUAGUGGAUCUGGCAUCGGCUCAGGCCCAACAGCUUCAGAAUAUGACAGGAUUCCCGGUGCUGGCCGGCCCGCCCGCCCACUCCCAACUCCGCGCCGUCGCCGCGCAUCUCCACCCGCGGGACCCAGACACUGACCCCGGCGCGGCCAGCACUGCGCUCGGACCCGAGCACAUGGCACAGGCCAGUGGGCACGGCCCCAGCCCUCCCGCUCAGGCGCUCCAGGGACAGCCCCAGGCUCCCGCGCCCUCCGCCCGCUCCGCGGCCUCAGGGGCGCACCCGGGCGCCCGAACCCACCCCGACGGCGGGGGCAGCGGUGGCGCGCAGGCCUCGGCGCCCCCGCCUCCAGCCCCUCCUCUUCCUCCCUCCCAGUCCCCCUCUCCCCCUCCCCCGCCUCCUCCUUCUGCCCUCUCGGGCUACGCCGCCACCAACAGUGGCGGCGGCGGCAGCAGCGGCAAAGGCCACAGCAGGGACUUCGUCCUCCGGAGGGACCUUUCCGCCACGGCCCCCGCGGCGGCCAUGCACGGGGCCCCGCUCGGAGGGGAGCAACGGUCCGGCAGCAGCUCCCCCCAGCAUCCGACCCCGCCUCCCCACCCAGCCGGGAUGUUCAUCUCGGCCAGCGGCACCUACGCGGGCCGGGACGGUGGCGGCCCCGCGCUCUUUCCCGCGCUGCACGACUCUCCGGGGGCUCCUGGCGGUCACCCGCUCAACGGCCAGAUGCGCCUGGGGCUGGCGGCCGCUGCUGCCGCUGCGGCCGAGCUGUACGGCCGCGCGGAGCCACCCUUCGCUCCGCGCUCAGGGGACGCGCACUACGGGGCGGUGGCAGCCGCCGCGGCCGCUGCCCUGCACGGCUACGGAGCCGUGAACUUAAACCUGAACCUGGCUGCGGCCGCGGCAGCCGCGGCGGCUGCGGGGCCCGGGCCCCACCUGCAGCACCACGCGCCGCCCCCGGCGCCACCGCCAGCGCCCGCUCCGCACCCGCACCACCCCCACCUCCCAGGGGCGGCCGGGGCCUUCCUGCGCUACAUGCGGCAGCCAAUCAAGCGGGAGCUCAUCUGCAAGUGGCUGGACCCGGAGGAGCUGGCCGGGCCGCCGCCCGCGGUCAGCGGUGCCAAGCCCUGCUCCAAAACUUUCGGCACCAUGCACGAGCUGGUGAACCACGUCACUGUGGAGCACGUGGGCGGCCCGGAGCAGAGCAGCCACGUCUGCUUCUGGGAGGACUGUCCACGCGAGGGCAAGCCCUUCAAGGCCAAGUACAAGCUCAUCAACCACAUCCGCGUGCACACCGGCGAGAAGCCCUUCCCCUGCCCGUUCCCGGGCUGCGGCAAGGUCUUCGCGCGCUCCGAGAACCUCAAGAUCCACAAGCGCACUCAUACAGGGGAAAAGCCUUUCAAAUGUGAAUUUGACGGCUGCGACAGGAAGUUUGCCAACAGCAGUGAUCGGAAGAAGCACUCCCAUGUCCACACCAGCGACAAGCCGUACUACUGUAAGAUUCGAGGGUGUGAUAAAUCCUAUACCCACCCGAGCUCUCUGAGGAAGCACAUGAAGAUUCACUGCAAGUCCCCCCCACCUUCUCCAGGAGCCCUUGGCUACUCAUCAGUGGGGACUCCAGUGGGUGACACUUUGUCCCCUGUGCUGGACCCAACCAGGAGUCGAUCCAGCACUCUGUCCCCUCAGGUGACCAACCUCAAUGAGUGGUAUGUUUGCCAGGCCAGUGGGGCCCCCAGCCACCUCCACACACCUUCCAGCAACGGAACCACCUCUGAGUCUGAAGACGAGGAAAUGUACGGGAAUCCUGAAGUCGUGCGGACGAUACAUUAG